AUGACUCAGAUGGGCUUCAGGCCCAGCUGCUCAGUUCAUCUUCUGAGAAUAGAUGGUAAGGACAGGACAAAUGUCCUGAUGCAUGUUUCCUCUGUUCUUGCACCUUCAGGGUCUAGAGAGAACGUCAUUACCAACAGCAGGCAGGUUCGCCUUGCCACAGGCAUCUUCCCUGUUGUCAGCCUCCUGAACCACUCCUGCAGCCCCAACACUAGUGUGUCCUUCACUAGCACUGUCGCCACCAUCCGGGCAACACAGCAGAUCAGAAAAGGACAAGAGAUUGUGCACUGCUAUGGGCCUCAUGAGAGCCGGAUGGGUGUUGCUGAGAGACAGAAGAAGCUGAGUUCUCAGUACUUCUUUGACUGCAUCUGUCCAGCUUGUCACACUGAGACGCUCAGAGCAGCUGCAGAGCCCAAGUGGGAAGCCUUCUGUUGUAACACAUGCAGAGCGCUCAUGCAGGUAAAUCUCUACUCUUCCCAGAGGUUAGUGCUCCAGCUCAAAGGAGUCACCAGGAGAAACCUGGGACAUUUAUAGACAGCACUAUUAUCA